AAAAUAGGAAGCUGCCCUGCGCCGGGAGGUCUUGUUUUCUGCCAGUUAGCAAGACCGUGAAACUGUCUUAUUUUUAAAGUCAUACUCUGCUUUUUGCUUUCUUCGGACAGUGUUGAUGUGCCGAGGGAAGGCGACGCAAGAUUUUAAAGGUCCAGAUUGUCGCUUUGUAAAUUUUAAGAAGGGAGAAGCGGUGUACGUAUAUUACAAACUCAUAGGAAAAUCAACGGAGCUCUGGGCUGGAAGUGUUGGGAGUGAUUUUGGAUAUUUUCCAAAGGAUUUACUUGAAAUAAAUCAUAAUUAUUCCAAUGAGGAGCUAGAGUUACCAACAGAUGAAACAGACUUUAUUUGCUUUGAUGGCGGAAGGGAUGAUUUUGAUAAUUACAAUGUGGAUGAGCUUUUGAAGUCAUUGCAAGAGACAACAGCAAAUGAAGGGGAAACUGAAUCAAGUGAUCCAGGGACAAAACCAGCUGAAGGAACUGAAAGGGAUGAGGAGACUGAACAGGUUGAUACAGUGAUGUCCCCUGAUGCUUUGGAGACAGACAAUCUUGAACUAAGCACAGAAGAAGACAAGGAAGCCCUCGCCAUCACAGAGGAAGUAGACAGUUCUCUUACAGAAGGAACUGAAAAUACUGGGGGAGACUCCAGUGUCAAUAGUCACGAAGAAAACUCUCAGGGAGAUCAAAUUGCACAUGAGCACUUGAAAGGCACGCUACACGGGAAACUAAAAGGGCUAGAAAGUGAAAAUACCAAAAACACUAGUAUUCCUCAGGGUGAAACCAGUCAACUUGACAAAGAGAGUGAAGAAGUCAAUGCCUAUACACUUUUAAACAGAGAGCUCUCUGUGAACUUGAAAACGAAAUUUGGCUCAACUGGUGAUGCUGUUGUAUCAGACGAUGAGGUGACUCGCCUUGUUACAUCGCUGGAAGAUGAUUUUAAUGAAGAUUUGAGCAUUAAUGUUCACGAUGCAGAGGAGGAGACGGACUUUGCAGACCAGUCUGAAGAAAUCCCUUUGCUGUCUUUUACGGCAGAGGAAGAAACUACAUCCCCACCAGAUUUAGAUGAUGAGGAAAAUGAUGACAUGGAGUCACAAAAUCAUGAACUUGAUGAAGAUGCAAAGGGUGCUACAGAGCUAAAUAACCAAAGAGACAAUGAGGAAGAACAUGAUUCAGAUGCAUUCACUCUUAAGGAUGCCUUCAGUAAGAGCAAGAAGUUGGGUGACGGUGUAAGUGUGGACAGGUCUGAAUCUCAGCAAACAAAAGAGAAACAGGAUGAGGUGAUGCUAAUUAAUAAAAGAGAAGCACCAGCAACAACUCAACCUGAGGAUCUCUCCAAAGAACUCCUUAGAAAGGAACCUGUAGGUAGAGGUGAUCUGGGUUCAAAAGAAAAAAUAAACACAACUGAAUGGUUUGAAGAGGAGCUCAUGGUUGGUGGAACCGAGUCACAUACUGAAGAGCUGAAGAGUACAGCUGUGCCUGAUCCUCAUGUUUUGCCUAGUCCAGGAGAUGAUCUGGAGUUCAAAUCAUCAGUUAAAAGCAAGCAAGAUGCUUUAAAACCACCUGUUGUUGAUAUCAACAAAAGUCCAGAAAGAGUGCCGCUUGCUCAAAUACAGAAAGAGGAGAAAAUGUUUGAGGAUGACACCUUGGAAGAGGUCUUGGAAAGUGAUUUAAAGCACAAAAAGCUAUGGGAGAAAACAAAGGAGAAAGGAAGAGCAGAGGACAAGCCUUCUGUUGAUGUUCCAGCCAAACCAGUGGAAGAGGUAAAAAAUGCAUCUCAAAGUCACUUAGGAGAUACUGACCUCUUAAAAGAGAAACUGGAGCAUGGAACUCCCCCUAUGGGGAAAGAGCUUCUAAGACAUGAAGAAGAUUUGAAACGAACAGGGGAGACCGAUCACGAAAAUCAAAACCCCUCCUCUCUUAAGAAAGAACCUGAAAUGAAAAGGGGAGUCAUGAAAGAAACCCCUGCAGGGGAGGGAAAUCCAAACCAUAGAGGAGCUGUCGAGCAACCUAAGCCAUGGGAAAACGAGACUGAGUAUUCAGAGGCAGAUAUGAAAGAAGAGCUUUCAAGAAAUCUUGGCAAGAUGACAGCAUUUGAAGAAAGCGUUGAGAAAAGUUCCCCUGAAGAAAAAUCAAAAAGCACUACACAGAAUACUAAUACAGAGAAUCUUACUCCACAAGGAACUGCUCGUACUGAGGAUGCCGAUUCAGACAGAAAUCUUGGUGCAAAUUUAGCUAAAGAAAGAACACUAAGACCAGAAUUGCAAUCUGAGGAGCCAGAUGCUGAAGACAACCCUGACCUGAAACAAGUAGAAGAAGAGCUACUGGAAGAUGAGAAUGCUGCAAGUGCAAAGCUGUCGCAAGCAAGGGCUGCAAAUGUACAGGGCAAUAUGCUACAUGUUAAAAGUACAAACCCUGAAUUAGAAAUACUAAGUGAAGCUGUUUCGGGAACUGUAAAUCCUACUUAUGAAACCGAAAAGGAAACAAACUUCUUUUCUAAGGAGGCUAAAAGAACGAUCGGCAUACAAGAUGCAAGCGAGACUGGGAACAAAGAGGUUGGCAUACCAGUGAGUGAAGAUGCUAAACUGGAUGAAAUAGAGCAUGUUAUGGGAGAUGAUGAGGAGUCUUCUGAAGCUGAGGAACCGUCAGAUGUGGAAGAACAGAAUUUCCAGUCUCCUGACACAGAAAACUACAAUGACUUUAACCAAAGGGAAGAUCAUUUCCCAGAGGGCGUUUCACAGGAAGACUCAAAAGGGGUGCAAAAUUUAGAGCAUACAAGAAAUGACCACCAGCAACCUGCACAUUUCCCCAGCCCUGCUGACAGCUCAACAGCCACAAAUGACACUGUAACAGAAUUCAGCGAGUCUGUGAGGCGGCUCACAAUAAUCAGAGACUUUCUCGAUGAAAAGCGUGUAAUACGUCUGCAAAAGUACCUUGGGCUUCAACACGUGGUUAGGAUAGAAGCCAUGUUUCAUGACAUGAAGGUAGAGAUGGAGCUUGCUCGGAAGGCAAGCCACAAUAACGAAGAGAUAGAAAAAGCUUUGGACCAGAUACUUGAGUUUUCAGAAUCGAGCAUUAUGGAUGCCGUAGGAAAAGUUCUGGAUUCCAGAGUGGCAGAAAAUGAAGAGGAGGUGGUGAGGGAGAUGGAUUUGUAUGAUGAGGAGAGUGCACUGAUGGAUGAUAUUCAAGAAUUAAUAUAUUCUCUAAGGAGUAAAUAUUCGUCUGCUAGUGAGAGUGUCCCACUCGCAUCUAUUCCAGAACAGGAAGAUGAUCAGCUGCAUGGUCAAGAUGGUGCAAAAAAGGAUGAAUAUGACAGAGUUUCCAUCAGAAACCCAAAUGCCAUUGAUGAGAGCAAUCGGGAAUUUCAGCAGCUUGAAGAUAAGAGGCCAGAACAGCCUACUGAGGAGGAGGAGAGGGCUGUUAAUGUUCCACCUGAGCAUGAAGAGGCCAACUUCUUGGAUAACAGAGAAGCUGAAGAAGGGUACGAUAGCAAAAGAGGAUCGCUGCUGGAAGAUACUUCCUUUGGGUCAAUUGAUUCAGGACAGAGCGCCAGGGAAGACACUGCUGCAGUCCCUCUAGUGGCAGCAUUGUCUCGCUACCACGCAUCUCAGCAGAGAGCUUUUUCUGUUACCUUUUUGUGCUAUAGAAAUAAGGAAAGUUCUCCUUUGGUUGCUACCUUGCCUGAGGAAAUUCGCCCUGGGCCUGAUUUCCAUGGACUUCCAUGGGAGCCUGUUAUUAUCACUGCCUUAGUGGGAAUUGCCACGCUUGCUGUAAUUUUCUGGAGAACCUGCCUUUCAGUAAAGAGUAGAAUAUAUCAAGUGACUGAAAAGCAGCUUGCUGAAAAGAUUAAAAACCUGCUACAAGAAAAAACAGAAAUCUUAGAAAAGAUGUCAGAAUAUGAUCAAAAGAUAAAGGAAGCAAAGGAAUCUGUGAAAGUGGCACAAGAACAAAAAGACGUUCUCUCCGAUGAAACUGCAGGGCUUAAGGACACUGUCAAAGAACUGGAAGAAGCAAAUCGUCAGCUAGAUGACAAAGUGAAAAAUCUGCACACAAUGCUUGAAACAGAGAGAAAAAAGAAUGAGAAGAAGCAGAACAAGAUCUCUGAAACCCAGAAAUCCUUGGAGAAACUUCAAGAGGCUAUCAGUGUGCAUUCUGCAGAGCUCUCAGAGGUGCAGAUAGCCCUUAAUGAAGCUAAACUAAGUGAAGAAAAGGUGAAAUCUGAGCUUCAUCAUGUGCAGGAAGAGAAUGCUAGGCUGAAAAAGAGCAAGGAGCAACUGCUGAAAGAAGCUGAAGGUUGGAGUGAGAGGCAUACUGAGCUCAGUGAGCAGAUCAAACUGUAUCAGAAGUCUCAGAAGGACAUAGAAGAAGCACUCGCCUACAAGGAAAAUGAAAUAGAAGUUUUAACUAACUGCAUUAUGCAGCUGAAGCAGCUUGACAUGGAUUCAGCAUCUGAGGCCAAGAAGGAUGGUGAAGGGCGUGAAUGGAGCGCAGGAGACGAUCUGGCCAACGGAGAGUUGCCAGAUAACGAGAAUGAGAAGAUGAAGACUCAGAUUAAGCAGAUGAUGGAUGUCUCCAGGGUAAAAACUAUGUUAUCCAUAGUUGAAGAAGACAGAAAUCUUCUGCAAUCCAAACUGAGUGAUGAAGUAACAGCAAGACAAGAGCUGGAAGAGCAAAUAAAAAAAUUAGAACAUGACUCCUGUUCGCUCCAGUCAGCCAAAGCUCGGCUGGAAAAUGAGUGCAAAACACUACAGCAGAAAGUGGAGAUUCUUGGUGAACUUUACCAGCAGAAGGAGAUGGCACUCCAGAAAAAACUAACCCAGGAAGAGUAUGAGCGUCAGGAGAAGGAGCAGAAAUUGUCUGCUGCGGAUGAAAAAGCUGUGCUGGCCAUUGAGGAAGUGAAAGUUUACAAGCAAAGGAUCCAAGAUAUGGAAGAAGAAUUGCAAAAAACAGAGAGAUCUUACAAAAACCAGAUUGCUGCUCAUGAGAAAAAGGCACAUGACAAUUGGCUUAUUGCCCGCUCUGCUGAGAGAGCUCUGGCUGAAGAAAAAAGAGAAGCAGCCAACCUGAGACAAAAAUUAAUGGAAGUAAACCAAAAAAUCAUCAUGCUUCAAAGACCAUUAAUUGUAAAGCCAACUCCAGGCAGACCUGAUCGCCAAGUCCCACCGCGACGAGGGCCUUUAAGCAGAGAUGGCUCUUUUGGCCCAUCACCUGUGAGUGGAGGAAAUCCAUCACCCACACAGAUGAUAGAAGUUCCUGCGCGGCCCCUUUCUGCUCCUCGGAGGGAAGGCUCAAGGGGUGAAUUUGGUGCAGUGGUAGAUGGCCCCCCUGCUCCACGAAGGCCACCGGAGUUACCUGGAAGGAUGUCUGUUCCUGAUCUUGGGCCUGCUGUAGCAUCCCUGAUCAGUAGUGGGCCAAGAACCUCCUCCCCUUCCACAGCAAUGGAUGGAGUGGCUAACGCUAGUGCCAAAGGCCCGCCCUUUUUUUUUUUGGCCUCCCCAGUGAUGGGACCUCCGCCUCCACCGCCUGUUCGCUAUGGACCGCCGCCAGCUCCUCUCCGUGGGCACUUUGGACCUCGACCUCUUCCUGUGCCCCUAGUUCGUGGUGCUCCCUUACCACCUCCUGCUGCAAGAGAUUUCUUACCUGGCCCGCCCUUGGGCAUGAGAGAGAUGCCUCCUGGCCCGCCGCCUCCAGAUCCAAGAGGCUAUGGACGUGGGCACCCUCCUUUUCGGCCCCUGGGUCCUCCUGGCCCGAGAGAUUACCCUCCCGGCCCACGGCUACCCCCGCCUGGCUCAAGGGACUAUACGCCUUCUCCUAGCAGAGACUUGCCUCCGUCGGGACCCAGGGACUACCCCGCAGGCCCCCCGCCCCCACCGGCAGGCUCAAAGGACUACACACAGCCCCCGGCGCAGAAACCCUAACUACGGCCUCCAGUCAGCAGCUCAACGGAAUGGACUAGCGCCCUUCCUGCGGUCAGGAUUUUAGGAAAUGGUUCUCUAUUUGAAGCCAUUUGUCUCGUUUCAGUAUAUUUCAGCUUUUGCGGGAUUAAUUUUUAUCCAAUUGCUACAGACAUGUGCAUUUAUGAUCCCCUUAAACUCAUCCAUCCUCUUGGGCUGCAAGAACCUUUUUGUGAUGGACUUGAACCUACUCUAAACGUGCAAUAGAAAGGAAGUACCUGUGUGGCUAGUUUUAAUUAAAUGUAGCCUCUGUAACCAGUUGGUGAAUGAACUAAUUUCGUGAAAAAUGUAAAUCAAAUCAUUUCCUGUGGAAAUAAUUUUUAAGUAAAAUGCUAUCCUACCUGCCUUCUCCAUCACAUCAUUAAGCUGCAGUUACUGUAGGCCAGGGGUUCACAUGAGAAAGACGAGGUGGUUUUUUUCUUUUUCUUUUUUUUUUUUUUUAAAAAAAGAUGUCUGGUCAGAGAUCAGAAGCACAAAUGACACUGUAUUCAAAGGAAAGUGAUAAUAAAAAGCAAAAUUCCUUUUGCUAAACCCUGAAGGCUUUGUUUCAGUGCCAUUUUUUGUUCAGAAGAGACAUCUGUUCAGUAAUUUAACGAGAGAAUGCUACAGCUGGGACCAAGUUGAGGAAUUGAAUCAAGGCUGAAUAAGCACCGCUGCUGCAAGGUUAGCGGCUGCGUCGCCCUGACACUGACCGA